CUUCCCCCGCCCCCUCUGUCUCGCUCCCUUGUUCUCGCCGGGGCCGCUCAGACCUGCAGCGGAGCCGCGGCGCCCGCUCUCGAAUCCGCUCCGGGCUGCGCCCUGGGAGCCGGCGACGCGGGCGGGCGAGGGCGCUCCCCGCCGUCCUGGGCUCCUCAGCAGUGCCAGCUCUGGCCCCCACUCUGCCUCCUGAGACCAAUCCACCUUCAAGGACUGCAGCUGGCAGUGUGGGCUGGGGGCAGGGUCUGGAGAGGUGUGGAUCCAUGGGGUAGCUGCAACACAUCCGCCCCUCUGCCCCAGCCAGCUCAUGGGCUUCCUGGUCCUGCCCAGCCUCAGCACCCGAGGCCAGUGAACAGAAUCGUGGCCAUAGUCCAAAUAUGUGGGGCCUGGUGAGGCUCCUGCUGGCUUGGCUGGGUGGCUGGGGCUGCAUGGGGCGUCUGGCAGCCCCAGUCCGGGCCUGGGCAGGGUCCCGAGGGCGCCCAGGUCCUGCACUGCUGCGGACCAGAAGGAGCUGGGUCUGGAACCAGUUCUUUGUCAUUGAGGAAUAUGCCGGUCCAGAGCCUGUCCUAAUUGGCAAGCUGCACUCAGAUGUUGACCGGGGCGAGGGCCGCACCAAGUACCUGCUGACUGGGGAGGGAGCAGGCACUGUAUUUGUGAUUGACGAGGCUACAGGCAAUAUCCAUGUCACCAAGAGUCUGGACCGGGAGGAAAAGGCACAGUAUGUGCUAUUGGCCCAAGCUGUGGACCGAGCCUCAAACAGGCCCCUGGAGCCUCCAUCAGAGUUCAUCAUCAAAGUGCAAGACAUCAAUGACAAUCCACCUGUGUUUCCCCUCGGUCCCUACCAUGCCACAGUCCCCGAGAUGUCCAACGUGGGGACAUCAGUAAUCCAGGUGACUGCUCAUGACGCUGAUGACCCCAGCUAUGGGAACAGUGCCAAGCUGGUGUACACGGUGCUGGAUGGACUGCCUUUCUUCUCGGUGGACCCCCAGACUGGAGUGGUGCGAACAGCCAUCCCCAACAUGGACCGCGAGACGCAGGAGGAGUUCUUGGUGGUGAUCCAGGCCAAAGACAUGGGCGGCCACAUGGGGGGGCUGUCGGGCAGCACUACAGUGACCGUCACCCUCAGUGAUGUCAACGACAACCCCCCCAAGUUCCCUCAGGGCCUGUACCAGUUUUCUGUGGUAGAGACGGCUGAGCCUGGUGUUUUGGUGGGCCGCCUGCAAGCCCAGGACCCAGACCUAGGAGACAAUGCCCUCAUGGCAUACAGCAUCCUGGAUGGAGAAGGUUCAGAGGCCUUCAGCAUCGGCACUGACUCCCAGGGUCGAGACGGGCUCCUCACUGUCCGCAAGCCCCUAGACUUCGAGACCCGCCGUUCUUACUCCUUCCGUGUGGAAGCCACCAACACACUCAUUGACCCAGCCUACCUGCGGCGAGGGCCCUUCAAGGAUGUAGCCUCAGUACGAGUGGCUGUGCAGGAUGCCCCAGAGCCACCCGCCUUCACCCAGGCUGCCUACCACCUGGCAGUGCUGGAGAACAAGGCUCCUGGGACCCUGGUGGGCCAGAUCUCAGCCAUGGACCUAGAUUCCCCAGCCAGCCCAAUCAGAUACUCCAUCCUCCCCUACUCGGAUCCAGAGCGUUGCUUCUCCAUCGAGCCCGAAGAUGGCACCAUCAGAACAGCAGCGCCCCUGGACCGAGAGGCUCGUGUCUGGCACAACCUCACUGUGCUGGCCACAGAGCUCGACAGCUCCGCACAGGCCUCCCGUGUCCAAGUGGCCAUCCAGACCCUGGAUGAAAAUGACAGUGCUCCUCAACUGGCUGAGCCCUAUGACACCUUUGUAUGUGAUUCUGCAGCCCCUGGCCAGUUGAUUCAGGUCAUUCGGGCCCUAGACAGAGACGAAGUUGGCAACAGUAGCCGAGUCUCCCUUCAAGGUCCUCUGGGCCCUGAUGCCAACUUUACUGUCCAAGACAACCGAGAUGGCUCUGCCAGCCUGCUGCUGCCCUCCCGCCCUGCUCCACCUCGCCAGGCCCCAUACCUGGUUCCCAUAGAACUGUGGGACUGGGGGCAGCCAGCACUGAGCAGCACUGCCACUGUGACUGUCAGUGUGUGCCGCUGCCGGCCUGAUGGCUCUGUGGCGUCCUGCCGGGCCGAAGCUCAGCUCUCCCCCACUGGACUCAGCACUGGUGCCCUGCUUGCCAUUGUCACCUGUGUGGGCACCCUGCUUGCCCUCCUGGUGCUCUUUGUGGCCCUGCGGCGGCAGAAGCAAGAAGCACUGAUGGUCCUGGAGGAGGAGGAUGUCCGUGAAAACAUCAUCACCUACGAUGAUGAGGGUGGCGGCGAAGAGGACACAGAGGCCUUCGACAUCACGGCUCUGCAGAACCCUGACGGGGCGGCUCCGCCGGCGCCCGGGCCUCCUGCCCGCCGAGAUGUGCUGCCCCGGGGGGCGCGGGCCCAGCGCCAGCCCCGGCCCCCUGGCCCUGCUGACGUGGCGCAGCUGCUCGCGUUGCGGCUGCGUGAGGCAGAUGAGGACCCCGGGGUGCCUCCCUAUGACUCGGUGCAGGUGUAUGGCUACGAGGGCCGCGGCUCCUCCUGCGGCUCCCUCAGCUCGCUGGGCUCUGGCAGCGAGGCCGGUGGCGCCCCGGGGCCCACGGAGCCCCUGGAUGACUGGGGCCCACUCUUCCGCACCCUGGCCGAGCUGUACGGGGCCAAGGAGCCCCAGGGCCCCUGAGCUCCAGGCCGCGCUCACAGGCCCUCUGAGUGAGCCCCCGGGGUCCAGGCGGGCGGCAGCAGCCCAGGGGCCCGGCCUCCUCCCACCCCGUGCCCCUCCUCCCUUCCCAGGGCACGCUCGCUCCUCUCCGAACCCCUACUCCUGAGCCGUCUGUGUGUCUCUCCAGGGAUCUCUGUCUGUCUGUGACACUCUGUCCGGGUCUGGGUUUGUCUCCUAGACCCUGAACCUCUGCUCUCUCACUGUGACACCUUCUCUGUGGCUGUUUCUGUCUGCGUCCGAGUCUCCCUUGCCCACACACAUGCUGUGUCUCUCUCUCCAACCCUCACCCCCCUCCUUUUCUCUGGGUCCCUGUAACUGGUUCUUUGGGGUUUUUUGGUUGUUGUUGCUGUCCACCCCAAAAAGCAAGAGAAACUUCCAGCCACUGCUGCCCACCCUCCUGCAGGGGAUACUCUGCCCCAGGUCAGUGACCCCGGGCCCCCGGGCAGGGGGUGGGCAGAGGCCACCCCCCAGGCCUGCCCCUCACCACCAUCCUCUCCCUGUCCUCGCAGACCUGCCCGCAUGGUUCCAUCCAUCACUCAUGGCCUCAUCCUGGCUCUACCGGCCUCCAGCAGAAGGAGGGAGCCGCCCACCUCCCAGGGCUAGAGCUUCAGGCCAACUGGCUGCCUCUCUGGAGCUCUGCCCAGCAGUCAGCGUGCCCUUGGUGACCCCGGCUCUGGGCAUUGUCUUGUGUGCUUCCCAGGCCCCAGAGGAGGGAGAGAAGAAAAGAGGGAGGAAGGGGAGGAGCCUCCAUCUCUAAUUUCAUAAUAAACAAACACUUUAUUUUGUAAAA